CUACUAAUGUGUAUGAGCUCCCACCGAACCCUAUGGUAUCAUUUUAAGAAGAAAUUAACCCUAUGGUAUCAUUUUAAGAAGAAAUUAAGUAUAUGAUAAAGAAGAUCCGUGGCUCUGUACAGAGGUGUUUCCCGUAAGCAAUUCCUUCUCUCUUCCUCGUGCUGAGUGGCUGUCCACAGGAGGGUGACCAGUUUUUCUGCUUCCUUGGUUGGUUUCUGAAUAAAGAAGAAGAUCCCCAAUCUCACUAAAUCAGAUACUAAUACCAGCAAAGAUAGAAAGAGGAGGGAGGGGGAGAGAAAGGCACGUCCUGUUCUCUAUGUCUUCCGGUAUAGGAGAAGAGGGGGUCCGUUGCUGAUGGGUGAUAAUAAAUCGGUGAGUCCGAUGGCGGCAAGAGAGAGAGACAGAGAGCUGCUCAUACCUGUUGGCGAGUCCCACGAGGAUGGCGAUUCAAAGGCUUCAUCUUCUACUGCUUCAUCUCAUCACUCGGGCAAGGAGGCAUUUUAUAAAGUUAUUCGAAGCUGGGCCUCAAAGAAAUUCAUGACAGGAUGUGUCAUCCUGUUUCCUAUAGCAAUCACUUUCUACAUUACGUGGUGGUUUAUUCAUUUUGUGGAUGGGUUUUUUUCUCCAAUAUAUGCUCAACUGGGCAUCAACAUAUUUGGACUUGGUUUCGUAACCUCCAUAACUUUCAUCUUUUUGGUUGGGGUUUUCAUGUCUUCAUGGCUUGGAGCAUCUGUGCUGAACCUGGGAGAGUGGUUCAUUAAAAGAAUGCCAUUUGUGCGGCACAUUUAUAAUGCAUCUAAGCAAAUUAGCGCAGCAAUAUCACCUGACCAGAACAGCCAAGCCUUCAAGGAAGUUGCCAUCAUAAGGCACCCACGAGUUGGUGAAUAUGCAUUUGGUUUCAUCACCUCAUCUGUUACUCUGCAGCACUAUUCUGGUGAAGAGGAGCUCUGCUGUGUCUAUGUACCCACCAACCACCUUUACAUUGGUGAUAUAUUCCUGAUCAAUUCAAAAGAUGUUAUCAGGCCAAAUUUAUCGGUCCGUGAAGGAAUUGAGAUUGUCGUUUCUGGUGGGAUGUCAAUGCCCCAGAUAUUAUCAACGCUAGACUCCGAUGUUAUUCAAGUUGACAGGACGAGAGCUACCAGAAGCUGAAUCAGUCAUACUGCUCUGUGCUUCUCAUCAAGUAUACCGAAUGCCAUCAGUUUUUACAACUAGUUGGUGUAUAUCGUUUCUGCUAUUUGCACAAGUUUUCUCGACUCAGGGCUGGGGAUUUCUUUAUCGCAUGUAAAUUAUAGAUGGAUUUUCACACAUUUUUUACAGCAUGGAAGGAUCAGACUUCCACUUCUUAUUGUGAUGCUUGGUUAGUUCAAGCCUUUGUAUCAUGUCUUUCUGUUCGUUUGAACCCUGUAGAAACCUUAGAAGUUUGAAAUUUUCAUCUCUGUAACGUCUUCCAUCAUAUCGUAGAAUGGAAACAGCUUGUCGUCUUGAUAUGCCAAUCUUGUGCAGGUUUAGGAUUGGAGUUGUUCAGAGUUUGUAAACUAAGAAACGAAGAAAUACUUGCACUUCACUUUUAUUGUU